AUGGCAAUUCUCUUAACACUGACAAUACUCUCGAUAGCUUUUUCACAAAAGAAGACAGCAAUUUGUGAUAUCGAAUAAUACUUUGAGUUUGAACAAAAUGAAAAUAUUCUUGAUCACACAAAAAUAAAUUAGACUGAUAUUAUGCUUACUAAUUCCAAUAUCUAUCUAUUGGAUGAAAACCUGAUGGUGCUUAAUUCCAUUAGAACCCCAGAUAUCCAAGAUUAUGAGUGCAAUAGAGUGACUACUCAUCCACUUCAUUUAAUAUUUUUAUUAGCUUGCCAAUCUCAACAAUAAGGUGUCAAUCCUAUCCUGUUUGCAUAUAAAGCAAAUGGACUCAAUAAUUACGAGUAAUUUGGAGAUGCAAUUUAUUUGCCCUCGAUAAAGGAGAAGUUUGAAAAGAUGACGAUUGUGGGUAAUAGUUUGCUCAUUCCACUGAGUGACAAAAUACUUACUUUCACAACAGUUAUUUCAAACACUACAUGGUAUUUAAAGACUACUUCAUAUACUAUUGAUGCGUAAUUCUUGAAUGUAUCCACUCUAAACAUCACAGGCUUUGAUAUAUAUUCAUAUGCCAAAGACUUCCAAACAAAUUUUAGAAUCUUAAUUUCUGACUUUGAAAGUGGUGUUUAUUGGAUUGAAGCCAUUCUGAAAUCAAACAAUAUUGUACCAUAUAACAGUGGAAAAUUCAAUCUUAAAAAUUUCUAUAUUCUAAAUACUGCCAGAUUCAGGUCAGUGGUAAUUUUGAAUGCUACUGACAGCAGUACACUUUUUGUUCUAUAAACUUAUGUUGACGGUAGUUUUAUGUUUGAAAACUUAUUUACAAAUGGUUAAAUUUAUUUCUAUUCCACAUUAAACAAGUACAAAGAUUGGAAUCCAAUUUCAUCUAUUAGAAACAAUUAGAAUGCCAUUUUAAUCCCAUAUCAAAAUUAUCAAAAGGUGGUUGUCAUUAAUUUAUUCAACAUAAGAUCCUUGAAGGAGAAUGAAUUGAUGGUUGAACCCAACGAUUUGUUAAUUUCAGCUUCAAUUGAUGACUUAAUCUUAUACUUUAUUUCUGAAAAUAGAUUAGUCUUUAGAAGUGAUGUGGAUGCUUUGACAAGAUGUACACUAAUGAAUUACUAAGAAGAGUGA